CUUCUGGCCGGGCUAGGGGCUUUGCCCUCGGUCUUCGCAGACACAUCCUGCAGCGCCACAGUGCCCUGUGAGACAGGCUGCUGUGGCCAGUAUGGUGUGUGCGGUAUGGGGCCCGAUUACUGUGGCGCCGACGUGUGUAUCAACAGCUGUGAUGCCAAAGCCGAAUGCAACCCGGACAAUUGGCCGUCCGAAUAUGUGAACGCAACGACAUGUCCGCUGAAUGUGUGUUGCAGUAAAUACGGCUUCUGCGGCACGACCGAGGAGUUCUGUGGCAACAAGACCGUGACUGCGCCCUCGUGCGAUGCUAGUACUCACUCUAUCACUCGUGUCAUCGGGUAUUACAAUUCUGCUGCGGCUGCGCGCGGCUGUGAUGCUAUGGCUCCUUACUCCGUGCCUCAGGGUGUAUUUACCCAUCUCUACUUCGCAUUCGGCAGUAUCGACCCGGACACCUUUGAAGUGAUUCCUGCGCAGCAGUCCGACGAAACUCUUUACCCGCAACUGGAAGCACUGCAAAUUCGUGACCUGAACCAAGAGCUGUGGCUGUCGAUCGGGGGAUGGGAUUUUUCUGACAGUGAUGAACCCACCGCCACCACCUUCUCCGACCUUGCGGCCGCCGACUCCACCACGCAGGCGGCCUUCUUCAAGUCUCUAAUCAAUUUCAUGAGUACCUAUGGCUUUACUGGCGUAGAUAUCGACUGGGAGUACCCUGCUGCCACUGAUCGCAAUGGUCGUACAGAGGACUACGACAACUUCCCUACUUUCCUGGCCAGCUUGAAAAAGGCCCUGAGUGACUACAAGUACGGUCUGUCGAUCACACUGCCGACUAGUUACUGGUAUCUCCAACACUUCGAUCUCACCUCGAUUGAGCCUUCGGUCGAUUGGUUCAAUGUGAUGAGUUACGAUCUUCACGGCACAUGGGAUAUUACUGAUGUCUGGGAGGGUCCCUACCUCAAUGCCCACACGAAUCUGACUCAGAUCAAGUCCGCCCUUGAUUUGCUAUGGGGCGUCAAUAUCGAGCCUUCUAAGGUGAACCUUGGUUUGGCGUUCUAUGGGCGCAGUUUCACUGUGGCAAGCUCCUCCUGCACCGAACCUGGCUGUGAGUAUCUCUCCGCCGGAACCGCGGGGGAGUGCAGUGACUCCGCCGGUAUCCUGUUCAACAGCGAGAUUGAGAGUAUCGUCAGCGAGUACAACCUGACGGCCACGCUCUACAAGGACGCUGCGGUCAAGACCAUCACCUGGGACACCGACCAAUGGGUCUCCUUUGACGAUGAAGACACCUGGAAGCUCAAGGCUGAGUAUGCCAAGUCGGUAUGUCUAGGCGGAGUCAUGGUGUGGUCGGUGGAUGAAGACGACGACCAGGACACCUUCUCCAACGGCCUUGCCGCCGCGUUAGGACUGGAGGUGAACAUUAACAGUACGACUGGUCUGCCACUGACUAUCUCAGAGAAGUCUACUACGACCACAACCACAACCUCGUCUCAGGAUAGUGUCUGUCGGUUCAUUAACUGCGGGGAAACCUGUCCCUCGGGGUUCACUGAAAUCACCCGCGAUGACAAGAAGUCGCAGAUUAUGUUGGACUCAACUGAGUGCUUGACUGGGUCGAAGCAGACACAGACCCUAUGCUGCCCUACCUCGAGUGACCUACCAACCUGUCGCUGGCGUGGCUUUCACAACAGCGGCAAGUGCAAGGGAGGCUGCGACAGCGGCGAAGCAGAAGUAGGCACGAUCACUGCUGGUUGUAGCUCGGGAUAUCAGUCCGCCUGCUGCACAACAACCACCUCGACGGAGCCCUGGUCUGAGUGUGCGUGGACCUCUGGCUGCGAGUCGGACGACACCUGCCCCUCUGGCUACGACAAAUUUGUCGUGGGAUCUCGUCAGGGCUGGGGAGGACGGAAGACGUGCAGCGGAUCCAAAAACUACAACUACUGCUGCAAGAGCUCAAUCCCGGAUGCCUUUACCAACUGUGCCUGGACCGGCCAUCAGAUAUCAUUCAUCAAUACCGCGUACUGCACCGAUGCCUGCCCUUCUGGUGCCAUUCGCAUUGCCGAGGAGUCGGUCGCCGUGCUCAUGGGCGCGAACAGACCUGGCAAGGCGUCGGACUGCGAUUUCGGCAACGAGGCCUACUGUUGCAAUGGCACCACCACCACCACCUCCUCCAGCGUUAGUCCGCGCUCCAGUCCCGAUCCCCUUACCGACUCAACAGCCUAUGAGUUCAGUUACUACCUAAACCAAUGGCUGGACAAUCCCACUUGUUCGGCCAACGAAGACGCCCAGUACAGUGCGACCUUUGACUACACCAAACGAGGUCUGCAUCAACGCAGCUCGACUUCGACAACCACAAGCAAGCAGGACUUGGUCUACAUGUAUGCUCUAAGCUACCUCGUAGCAUGGCUCACCUCAUCCACGCCCCGAUCCGACCUGACCGACCUGUUCAAUGAGGCCAUGGCGGACCAUGGACUUCAGGACCAAGCCGCCAAUCUCACCAUUUUUACGGAUACGAUCUAUGGGUACGGAGACCCUUGGACUGGAUCGCCCAGCUGGGAUGCCGAGGCAAUAGUCGCGCAGUUCCUGUGUGAUAUUGCCGACUCUGCCAACGCUGUCCAGAGUAUGGGUGCCGCGAGCUCUAUCCUUUGCGAGAUCGAUGAUAACUACGCAAAAGCCGAGGGCAACGCAUCGGUGCCGUUGGGCAAACGUAUGCUAGAUGGAGUCAGCGAGAAUACUCGGUCACAGGAUGGUACACAGCCUACUAUCCUCGCCGCGCUGCGGGGAGUCGUGAAUGGAGAUUUGACAUUUCACUACGCCCGCUGGAUCCAGGGAACCGGACGCCGGGAGGUGAACCUCGAAUUGGCCUUCUGGAUCGGCCCUACCCCUGGUACGACGCCCACGACGGCGAUGCUGAACAGCUAUGGAGAUAGCGGCGACACGGUCAACACAGACCGAUGGAUCGUCUUCCAUCUGCACAUGCCGCUGGAUUCUAUCACUUUCCGAUCCCUCACUACGUCAGACCGGAACUUCUACCCGGGAGUGGCGGCCAUGAUGGUCUAUCACAGUCAGACACUACACUCGCUGGGCAACUACGCCGACCCCCGCGCCGAGUUCCGCUUCUCCGAUACGUAUGACCUCAACGGUAACAAUGGAAUCAAUGUCGGCGCCAGCGCCAACUACAACGGACGCGCAGAGGCCAUCGCCUGCAAUAGCGGUUCGCGGUGGUACAUCGGCCGUGACUCGACAACUGACAUCCAAACGGCCCAGCGGAGUCGGACAAACCUCCCAGUAACCUAUGUCACAGAGCUGAACGCAUUUGGUCUCUGGCUGCAAAACCAGGGUCUUUUCUCCUACAGCAACCUGGCCUAUAUCUGGCCAGUGAUCGCCGACUAUGACGACUCCCAGAACCAAGGCUUCAGGCCCGUUUCUAAUCAGGUGAACGGCUGGUCUGCGUACAACCCGCAGACUGGGGCUUUUACCACGAAUUGGGACUUUACGGGGGCGCAGGACCCCGACUUUCGGGGCCGGCCACCCUGCUUCCACGACGCAGACGGAUUCCCCGUCUACGAGGGGCCGUACCACUGCCUGUUGAACGAGAUUCUGUAUCGUGACGAUGUCGCCGCUCUAAGGAAAUACCGACAGAGCCAAGGGCGCAUCAUCCGCCGGGCGUACAGCAUGGACAUGGACAAUCCGUUUGUGAUUGCGCUUGAGCGCCGCAGCUUUCGGACGCUGCGUGCCCUGGUGGAAUCGUACCCCGAGGACCGCGCGGUCGCAGAGUAUCUCUGGCGACAUGAGCUCUCGCUCAUGGAUGCGGCGUGUCGGGCGGCGGAUCGGGAGUUUGUGGAGUGGUUGCUGGCCCAGCAGCCGCCGCUGGGAUCGCUGAGGGAGCGGGACUGCCUGGGUCGCACGGCUUUGAUGAGUGCUGCGAUAGGGCUGGGGAGUUCGGACCUUGAGGAUGGGUGGGAGCAUGCGGCGGAGCCGGGAGAGGUGGAGGAUGAGGGGGAACAAAGCUGGGAGGAAGCCGAGGCGCGGCGACGGGAGCACCAUGAGGCCUUUAUUCGGUGGCUGAUGGUGCAGGAGGAGUGUUGCUCGGUGGAAGAGUCGGACUUGGUUUUUCCUGCCAUUGAUGGGACGGGGACGAGCACCUGUACCGUGCUCGCAGCGGCCAUUCCCCGUGCCAGCUACGAUAUGGUGAUUCGCCUGGUUCAAGCAGGGAGCGAUCUGCAGACUCGCCUGCACUGGCGGAGACCCUUUGAGACGCAAAGGUACGACAUGCGAUAUGCGAAGGAAGUCACCCUGCUGCAUAUUGCCAGUCUGCACUGGAAUGUGGAGGCUAUCCGCGCGCUGCUGGCGCAUGUUGAGCCCGCGCAGAUGGCCCGAAGUCGUGAUAGCCAGGGCCAGCUCCCUCUGCACUGGGCAUUGACUCGCGAUCGCGGCAUUAGUGUCAGAAGACUGCUGGAAUCGGUGACUCUGCUGCUCGAUGCAGACUCAACGACGGUCAAUCAACCCAACCGUGAGGGCGUGGCAGCGGCGAGCCAGGCCGUUGCGGUGCACGCCAAUUCCGGCGCCUCCCUUGUCCCGCUGCUCAAGCUGCUACUGGGAUAUGGAGCAGAUGCGCGCGUCUGUGACCUCGAGGGCCGCAAUCUACUGCAUCAGCUGACUCGCACUACUUGGGACCCUACAUGCCUCGAGCCCGAUCUCCUGGACCGGCUGCUGGGGCAGGUCGGCGUCAACGACCCGGCGGCCGCUGAUGGAAACACCGCCCUCCAUUACCUGGUGCGCCACCUGGAUCAAACAGACGCUGCUCAUUAUCUCAUCCAGCACAGCGCGAAUGUGAAUGCAGUCAAUCACCUGGGCAACACCCCCCUGCACGAGCUCAUGUGGGGCACGUUACCUCGUCGGCUAGACCCUCACACCCGCCAGCUCGAGUCUAUUCACCCUGACCGUCUCACGCGAGCCCGUGAAGCGUUCGUCCAGCUUUUGCUUGAUAGUGGUGCAUCUAUGACCCAGCAGAAUACGGCUGGGCAGACACCUGCAAAGGUUCUGGAAGAAGUGCUUGCGCAGCGGCGCCGGGCUCAGGAGGCACGAGAGGCAGCUUGGGUCCGAGGUCGAGGGCGAGGUCGAGGAUCUGGGGUCGGACGUGGAAGAGGU